AUGUACUCAGGAUAUGAGCGUCUCAACGACUCCCAGCCGUACAAUGACGCAAAUCAAGACUCACCGGGCUUCGUCCAGGAAAGCGCGGGCCUUUUAGAGAUCAAAAUCUACGUCAAGAUACAGCAUAUACCAGAAAGAUUGGGUGCUGCAUACGAUGCAGAAUGCAGCGAAUACGUGGUCAACUUUGCAAAGACUGGCCAGCUUCCAUGUCUGCGGUACAAGAUUGCUGAUAUAGCACUGUACAAGUCUGGGCAAGUUCCAGGAUUCGAGUGGACCAGGCGCUGGUCGAAUGAGGUAUCUGACCCGAUUGAUACAUGGGCAUCCCCAGAGGUCAAAACCAUUCGAAUCUCUGAAGGGUACUCUGACAGUGUCGUGGAAUUGCAAGUGCGCCAAUUUGUGCCCAUGGAAGGUGACAAAUUGGACAGGACGUGGGACUACAAUGGCGAGAAAAAGUCGGUCCGCAUACCACCUUUUGCACUUAUUGAUACGAAAGAGGCCAGAAAGGCCUUUGCCAGGCACAUUGACGCAAGUGUCGAUGAUACCUUGAAGAAUGUCAUCAAGACGGUAGAAGGCACGCUGGGCAAAUGGAUGCGCGUGACGUAUCUCGAGGCCUUUCGUCUGGCUCAAAGAAGCGACACCCCGCCAGAAGUGUCCAAGAUUUUGCAAUCUACAUUUAGAUUGUGGACAUCUACGAGACUCAACACCAUUUCAUGCUUCAUCGUGGGUGAGGAAACCCUGGGCAUGCCGUCUGAUAUACUGGACGACACCAGCCCUACGCCAGGCAAAGUCCCGGUGCCACCAGUCAUGGGCGCGCAGCUCAAUUUGCUCAUGAUUCAUGAGAUACAGGCAAAGCUGCGAAAAACGGUACUGGAACAGUUGCAAAAGAUUGUGCAAAAGAACAAGCACAGCACCUGGCUAGUGACGUAUUUUGUAAACUUUAUCCUGCUGCACAAUGCGUCCAUGAUUAUUUCCCAUGAUGCAGGGUAUGCAAAGAAGCAUGGGAUAAAACGACGGUUUGCCCGCGAAGACAAGGUCAAAGAGUACCACAUCGGCAAGUCCGACCAGACUAUUCUUGUUUCAAAUUUCAACAUGGAGACUAAUUUUUUGCGCCUGUAUCCAUUUUCCGACGAGUGCAGCGACUCGGAGCUAAAGAGUCUGGCCGAGUUGAAUGAGAAUGAUGUGAAAUUUGUUCGGUGCACGGCAAAUUAUGCAAGGGCGCGAGAGGUUGCAUGGCGGAGAUUGCGCGAGUCGCACGAUUACGAUCAUCCCGAGUACUACAUUUCACAAAUGUUUGAGCAGAAUUGGAAGCCGAGAUCCAUGGUUGUGUAG